AUGCCUGCAGCAAAGAAGGGUCGAGGUCGCGCGCCUGCCAACAAGGUCACGAAGCCCGAGCCCAAGACUAAGACGCGUCGCGUUGGGGCAAAGGCCGCCGCAGCGCUGGAGGAGGAGGUAGAGAGGCAGGCGCUUGCAGAAAAGGCGACAAAUGCACCAGCAAAGGCGACAAGAGGCCGCAAGGCUAAGAAGGCAGUCGAGGACGAACAGGAGGACGACGCAGACGACGUACUGGCAACACCGCCGCACAGUGAUGAACCUGCGAAGACCAAGGGUGGCCGCGGCCGCCCAAAGAAGGAUACCGUGGUGCCCGACUCGGUGCAGAAAAAGACCGAGCCUGCAGCCGCGAAACGAGGGCGAAAGGCUGCCGCUGCUGCCAGACUUGAUGCUCCGUCCGAAAUCCCGGAGACUCAGGUGGACGGCGGAAUGGACAUCGACACGGCUGAGGAGCAAGACCAGGUGGAAGAUCUCCCUACAUUCUCGCGUUUCAGUGCACCGCCAUCCGCGCAGCGUCUCAAUUCAUAUCACAUCCCACUCAGCGCGACUAAGCGAUCAGCCAGCUCAUCAUUGAUUGAGAGCGAUCCAUCAACCAGGCGACAUCUUGCGGACCUUGAGAAGAAGUAUGAGGCAUUGGAGCUGAGAUACAGAGAGCUGCGCAAUGUGGCGGUUGUAGAAGCGGAGAAGAACUUCGAUCAGCUCAAAAAGCAGAGCGAUGAGAAGACUCAGGCUUCCAAUGAGCUCAUCAAAAGCCUCAAGGCCGAUCUCGCAACUCAGAGGCAACUAGCCAAGGAAGGGCAAAAGUCUCAGCAGCAGUUCGAGGCCAGUGAAGCCAAAGUCGACACGCUGCAGACCCAGAUUGCGGGAAUAACAACGACGCUGUCCGAAGCCAAGACGGAAAUCAAGUCUCUCACCACGAAACUGAAUGCUGCACGAGCCGCCGAGGCAACAGCCACAGCCACGGCCCAGGCUGCGUCGGUGCGGGUCCCGGGUAGCGCAAUGAAGCCCAGCGCGAUGGGCGGCCGAGGCAUAGACCAGGCCCAGGUGCAAGCCCAGCUCCAGGCCACUCAGACAGCCAAGAUGAAGGAGAACCUGUACAGCGACCUGACGGGGCUGGUGGUGACAGGCAUCAAGCGCGACGGCCCGGAGGAUGUGUAUGAUUGUAUCCAGACGGGUAGGAACGGGACACUACAUUUCAAGCUGGCCAUUGCGAACGAGAACUCGGACGAGAAUACGGACGAGGCCGAGUUCAUGUACAAACCGCAGCUGGACGAGCGCCGGGACAGUCAGCUGAUCGAGAUGCUCCCUGAGUAUCUCGUCGAGGAGAUUUCUUUCCCCCGGGCCCACGCGGCCAAGUUCUACUCUCGCGUGUUGAAGUCUUUAACGGAGAGGCUUGACUGA